CCCAAAUCGUACAAAACACGACGCCAUCAUCGCAAAACGAGCCAGAUUGGAAACAGACGACUUCCUGGUAUCGAAAUAUAAGGUUGAUUCCAUUCCCUUUGUCAAUAAGAAGUUUCUAACAAGAUGGCUGACGACUUCGAUGUGGAAGCGAUGCUAGAGGCUCCAUAUAAAAAAGAGGAUGAUGGAAGAGGAGAUGCAUCAUCCGACAGGGAGAAAAGAAAGCAUAGAGACCGUAACAGAGAUAGGGACAAGGGAAGGGACAAGACUCACAGCCAUCGAGACAAAGACAGGAAAGAGCGAGAUCAUAAUCGUGAUAGGGACAGGAAAGACAGAGAUAGAAAAAGGAGUAGAAGUAGAGAGCGUGACCGCGUAAGGAAGGAACAUAAAAGAAGUCGAAGUAGGGAAAAGGAGAGACGGAAGGAUAGGAAGCGAAGUCACAGUAGGGAAAGGAGAAAGAAAAGCAGGAGUAUUUCACCAAUAAGAUUCCGUGACCGACGGGGACGGAGUAACAGUAGAAGCCCAUACAGAUACACAAGACAGCCAGGUCCAGAGCUAACUCCUGAAGAAAGGGAUGCUAGAACUGUUUUCUGCAUGCAGCUGUCUGCCAGAAUUCGUCCAAGAGAUCUUGAAGAAUUCUUUUCUUCCGUUGGAAAAGUACGGGAUGUUCGACUGAUCAUGGAUAACAAGACCAGAAGAUCAAAAGGAAUUUCUUACGUAGAGUUUCAAGAUACAGAGUCAGUGCCAUUAGCCAUUGGGUUAACAAACCAAAAACUGUUAGCUGUUCCAAUCAUUGUUCAGCCAUCUCAAGCUGAGAAAAAUAGACUAGCUAAUGCAGCAAAUGUUCUACAAAAAGGCAACUCUGGUCCAAUGAGGUUAUACGUGGGAUCAUUACAUUUCAACAUUACCGAAGAUAUGUUACGUGGAAUAUUUGAGCCAUUUGGUGCAAUAGAAGAUAUCAAGUUAAUUCGUGAUCACGAGACUUCAAGAUCUCAGGGAUAUGGAUUCAUAUCUUUCAAAGAUGCAGAAGAUGCCAAGAAGGCCCUUGAGCAGCUGAAUGGUUUUGAGUUGGCUGGCAGACCAAUGAAAGUAGGCCAUGUCACAGAGAGAACAGGGGAGGCCCAAGGAGCAUCCAUGUUGGACAGCGAUGAGAUGGACCGAGCAGGUAUUGACUUGGGAGCAACAGGCCGGCUACAACUAAUGGCUAAGUUAGCAGAAGGAACAGGAUUCCAAAUUCCAGAUUAUGCUGCAAAUGCAUUGAAUGCUGGGAGUACAGGGAAUUCUACAUCGGUGUCAAGUAGUAUGACUGCUGUGGUGGGCCAGCCUGCUCCACCCAACACAGCUGGCACCACAAGUUCUACUGCUCCACCCAUAGCAACGCAGUGCUUCAUGCUAUCUAACAUGUUUGAUCCAAACUCAGAAUCAAGGACUAACUGGGAUCAGGAGAUCCGGGAUGAUGUUAUUGAUGAGUGUAACAAGCAUGGAGGAGUACUCCACAUCUUUGUUGACAAGGCAUCGCCUCAAGGAAAUGUCUAUGUCAAAUGUCCAACUAUUGCAGCAGCUGUAGCAUCUGUUAAUGCACUCCAUGGCCGGUACUUUGGAGGAAAAAUGAUAACAGCAGCCUAUGUUCCAUUACCUAACUACCACUCGUUGUUCCCGGAGGCCACACGAGCUAACCAGCUUUUACUACCCUCAUCUCAAGCCCUACAGGCCGGCUAUCCAUCAGGGAUGUUUCCAAACAUGCCAACAGCAGCUCCUGUGAUGCGAUGAGAUGAAAAUCUGCUCUCGAAUAUAUUUUUAGCGAACUUCAAAGUUAAUAAACAGGUUUUAACAUUUCAGAGAUUUCACUAAACAGAAGAACAUUUUUUGGCUGUCGAGUAUUCUCUAUUUUCAUGGUUAUAUUGAUUAUGUGAUGUUAAAAUAUUUGAUGUCAAGAUUUAUUGAUGUGCAGCAUCAUGUAUGCUCUUAAAUUUUACAUUAUGUCCAUGGAGAAUUUUUCCUUUGCUCAUGUAAAUUACAGUUUAAAAUUAUUUUUGUUUUUAUCAUAUUUAAAUGAGAUACUGCAUAUGAAAGUGACUUUUAUUUGUGUAUUAAGAAACCAGAGUUAUGGGGAAGAUGUUAACAUUUUUUUUGAUCUAUGGUGUUUUUAAAAGAAAUCAGAAAUCCUUCACUAUGUUUUAUGCAUAUUUUAGCUAGAAAAUUCAUAGCUGUUUGAAAAAUGGUCUUGUAUAUUCUAGCUUUUGAAUCGAGAGUUCAAUGUUUUGUGUGAUACAGAAAUACAUUCAUUCAUUGUUGGUAUGAUAAUGAAUUUGUUUAGGGAUCAUUAUAUUGGUAUACUGAAGCAUUUGUUUAGGGAUCAUUAUGUUGACAGUAACUGUCCAUCAUGUUGGUUCAUUAUUCUCAUCUCAUUAAAUAUCUGAACUUAAAGGUU